UGAUGGCGGGCGAGCUCACAGCAGCCCAGUCUCUCUAAUACAGAGCAAUUAACGGCGCCUCGUCACAACGAUGGACAGCACUGUCCUCCCCGACCAAGAACAGCUGCUGGUGUUCCUAAAGAAGCUCAAAGAAGUGUUCGACGUGUGCGACGAGGAUGCUGACGGAUAUAUUCGGGUUGAGCACUUCGUGGACCUCGGUCUACAGUUCGGCCAAGGAGAUGAAGUGAAGAAGUUUGCCAAGUACCUGGAUCCCAAUGCUCAUGGUAGAAUUAACUUCAGAGAUUUCUGUCAUGGAGUGUUUGCAAUCAAAGGCUGUGAGGAGAUCUUGAAAACGGCACUUGGGACCCCCAGCAUCAGUGCACUUCCAUACCAGACGGACAAUGGCUACUACUAUCAGCACGGGGAGGGGAGUCUGGGACCCCCGAUCAUUGUGUGCACGCGACCGUACCCAGAGUGCCAGCUGUAUUCUGAUGAGGAAGGAAUGGUCGGACGGGACGUGCAAGAGUCAGACAUGGACAGUGCAGGAGACAGCGGGGCAGGAUCUGAAUCUUCUGAAGGAGGACGUCAUGAUGAUAAAGAAGGACUGGGUGAACUCUUACUACGUGGAAACAGCUGUGGUCAGAUGGUGUCUUCAGCAGCAGCUUCAGUAGUCUCAGUGGAGGAGCAGUUUGAGGACUAUGGAGAGGGAGAAGAUGUGGACUUCACUCCCAGCAGCCCCGUCCCUGAUGAUGACACACGUACCAAUGGUUUCUCUGACUUGGGCUCCUCUCUGCCCUCCAGUGCUGGUCAGACCCCUCAGAAGAUCAGGCACCUGUACAGCAGUGAGCUUCUGGAUGUUUACUGCUCCCAGUGCUGCAAGAAAGUCAACCUGCUCAAUGAUCUAGAGGCCAGACUCAAGAACCUCAAAGCUAACAGCCCAAACAGGAAAAUUUCCAGUACAGCAUUUGGUCGUCAGCUCUUCCACCACAGUAACUUCAGCAGCAGUCAGGGCAGCACAGAGGACCUGUUCAGAGACAGCAUCGACUCCUGUGACAUUGACAUCACUGAGAAGGUGAGUUAUUUGGAAAAGAAGAUAACAGAGCUUGAGAACGACAGUCUGGCCAAUGGAGAUCUGAAAUCCAAACUUAAACAGGAAAACACACAACUAGUUCAUAGGGUACAUGAGCUGGACGAGCAGAUCAAAGAUCAAGAGGCACAUGCAGAACAAUGUUUAGAGGAGGAGCUGAAGAGACACAGAGAGGCCUACAGUAAGAUGGAGAGAGACAAGAGCACUGAGAUUGAACUGCUUAGUAACAGGGUCCAGCAGCUGGAAGAAGAGAAUGCAGAGAUGAAAGUGAAUGUGUGCAGACUCAAGUCUCAAACUGAAAAAUUGGACCAGGAGAAGCAACGUAUGACUGAUAAAUUGGAAGAUACAAGCCUGCGUUUGAAGGAUGAGAUGGAUCUGUACAGGAAAAUUAUGGAUAAACUUUGGCAGAACAGACAUGAGUUUCAGAAGGAGCGAGAGGCCAUGCAGGAGCUGAUUGAGGACCUGCGGCGUGAACUGGAGCACCUACAACUCUUUAAACUGGAGGCUGAGAAGCCCGGCCGUGGCCGUAACGCCGCAGGACUGUCCGAGUACAAUGCCAAGACUCGAGAGAUUGAACUGGAGCACGAAGUAAAACGGCUUAAGCAGGAGAACCAUAAAUUCAGAGACCAGAACGAUGAUCUGAAUGGACAGAUUCUCAGCCUCAGCCUUUACGAGGCCAAAAACCUGUUCGCAUGUCAGACCAAGGCCCAGUCACUGGCAGCAGAGAUAGACAAUGCCUCCAGAGAUGAGCUUGUUGAAGCUUUGAAAGAACAAGAGGAGAUCAACUUCCGUUUAAGACAGUACAUGGACAAGAUCAUCCUGGCUAUCCUCGACCACAACCCCUCCAUUUUAGAGAUCAAGCAUUAGGCUACUGAGCUGAGAGCGGAUAGAGGACUCACACUCGGCAGAGAGCUCCCCAUUCAGGCCAGGGGUGUGAAAUGCACCACCUCUGCCCUCUUACACCAAGUCAUCAUGUAUUUACAGUGCAAGUUGCUGUCGAAAUUAUCGUGUCUCUCAUGUGCUCUGUCUCACACACGUGGGUCACGGUUUCCAUCACUGCUCAUGUCAUCACGCUGUGCGUUUAGGCUGUAGAAAUGACAAAAACAAGUGAUGAAACUGGAAUCUAGAAUAGAAGUGUACUUUUGCGCUCAAAUAUAUAUA